UUGGUAAAAGAAAACUUUAAUUCAUGUGUAUAACUUCAACGCUCCUACUGUAAGCAUAGAUGGCCUCAAGAAACACGCUGGAACUUACUGCCCAGAUAGACCUGUACCGUUUAAUAGAAACGUCUCAUCCCUGCGAACCACUCUGCCAACCUAGGGUCAUAUUUUAUCACCUCACUCAUGUGUGCUGAGGACGUGUAUCAUAACCGGCGGGUCAGUCCGCAACAGCCAGUGUCAUCCACCAAGGAAUCAUCUACACAUGGUGGGCAAACCUCAGAAACUGACAAGAACGAUUGGUCCGACGUCAGUGACCGCAGUGAGCGACGAAAGAUACAAAACAAACUGGCUCAAAGAAGAUUCCGUGACAGAAUAAGAGAGCAGAGGGAAGAGGCCGAACGAGACGAAGAGAAUCAGCGAAAAGCCGGGGCAUCAUACGCACAACCAAAGCCGGAAGAAAUUGAUACCGACCAUAGUCUUUCAGGGCUACCUUGGGGUGGCAUUUCGAUGAGACACAUGGUUGAACAAGGAAAGCAUAGACGCCGAGGCUCACAAAAAGAUGUUAACAGUGGCUCUACUCAUCACAAUGCAUCAUCCGUUGAAGAAGAUAGCAGUAAGUGA